AUGGUAUCUUCAGUACUCAUUUACCUUGGGCUUUUGGCCCUCACUGCGACGCCCAGCCUUACAGCUCCUACUGGUCCUCCGUCUGUAGUUCUACGGGCUGCUAAAUUGUGCGAUGAUGCUAGUCUUUCAUGGGACGAGAAGGGGGACGCAGGAUGUCCCAUUUGCCGUCACCCCGAGGAAAUGCCAUUGGAUGUGUUCAGACAGCGCUGCGUUCUCCAGAAUCCCGCAAUUACACAUCCAAAAUUCGACCAUGUCUGGCGACGCGAUGCAGGAAAAGUGGCCCCAGAAACAUACCUUGCUGGCGAAUACAUACUUUCCGAGGACUUCAAGGACCCAGGCGUUCUGAAUAGUGCGCACGCAAGGGCUGGUCUGAUGUGGCGCCGAGACGCCGAGAAGACUGCUGAUGAGCUUCCACCGAAGGCCGCUCAUUCUUUACCAGACGACCCAUUCCCCCUACCAAUUGAGCCAUAUCGUCUUCCCCGGCCAAAAAAACCUCUACCGCGACCAGUCUUGACAGGGCCUGUGUUACCAAGCUAUCCGAUCGAAGAUCCCCCGUCCGAUCAGAUUGCAAGGAUACCAAAAGAUGACAGAACAUUUAACUACAAGGAGCGUCGAGGCGUCGAGGAAGAUGUUUAUCUAGGCGUUCCUUUGGACGGCGAAACCCUUGCAUCCCCCUUCAAAAGGCGACCAAGAUCGUAUACGCUUGAGGCAGAUCAGCUUCUUGCACAGACCAGUUCAGCUCCAAAAGACAUGGUAGUGAACGAUGUUAUGAUACACCACCCAGUGAGCAGUAUCUUCCGUCGUCGUGGGCGGUUGGCCAACCCAGCAGGGUACGACAACGAUGACAACGCCGACGAUAACACUCAUACUACGGUACCAGUCGAGAGUAUUCAUGAUUCUGGCCCAACUACUGGUUUACAGUAUUCCCAAAAUCAUUUUGUUGUCGUCCAUCACCCUGUGGGUGGUAUAUACCGUCGCAGCCAGUCUAAGUGGACUCAAAACAAGCACGAUAUUGAUUCCAUACAAGGGCGGCCCGCUGGUCCUUUAAACAAGGACAUGAGGGAUACUGACAAUACAGUCCGUAAACUAGCUCUUGAUAUCUACCGACGACACCACCUCACCAGUCCGACAACAGGUUCUGACAAAUACGUGCUGGAGUCUGACAGGAUGUUUCACCACGACCAUGAAGCUGUUAUCUCUCCCAACAUUAUCGAGUCGAAACCAACUCCAAAGCAUAGCAAGCACCUACAGGGUGAUGUGACAAUAACCAGGCUUAACCGAACACGCUCCAACGAUGCAGCUACGGUGCUUAAGCCUCAAGACUUGAGAAAUGGAAUCGAGAAGCGGGGAGCUAAUUCUGUGCCUCCUCCGGAGUUCUUUGAGAAUCAUUCGUGGCCGUUUGGUUCAGUGGGACCGGAAAUUCCAGAUGAACCUUUUGAUCCAAUUCUUGAAGAUCGCAGCCCUAAGCACAACAAAGACGGGGAACAGCAGAAGAAGCAGGAAGAAAAGGAAGAAACGGAGAAGAGCGGGGAUACAGAACAUGAGCCACAGAUAGUGAACACUCGUCCAAAUGGCUUGAAUCUUCAGUUCAUCCCAGCGAUUGUUCAUAAGCCCGCGAAUGAAGUCUCUCGUCGCGAUUCAAGUGCCCUCAAUUGGGACGACUACAGGAAGGAAAACUCGGUAGUCGCUGGUACACAACCGUCUAGCGGUAUUCAAUUAGGAGUUGCACGGUUCGAUCCUCACGAUUCCAGUGUGUUUGGAGGGAAUACGCGCCGCUGGGACUUGCCUACAACCAAAGAGAAUCCAAACAAGAGUGCUGAGGUUGAGGCAACAGUUGCCGCCCCAGAUGUGGGAAUCCCCAACACUAACCUCAACGCACCACUCCCUACUCAGCAAGCCGGCCAACCCACCGACAAGCAGACAAUUCAUGUCAAAUGGCCGCAGGGAGCUAAUUCCCAUCCUAUCGCGAGCGGCGUCUUCCACGAUGAUCCAGUGAUUGGACGCCGAGCUGCGAAGAAAGACAAGGAGUCUCAUCGUCAUAAGGAUCCAGACCUCCUGGAUGUGACCGACCGCUACACGGCCCGGAUGUUUGCCCUAGCGAACAACGUCUACCGCCGUGAUGAGAAAGACGUUGUUGAAGACCUAGUUGCGUACACGCACGAAACCAACAAUCACCCCGAUGGUCCGAGGGACAUAUGGAAAGAUGCAAAUAACUCUGAGCGUCGAGACACGGAUGGCCCAGUGGAAAAACUUUUGGAUUCCAGUGCAACGGAAGCAAAGCCCCUUCUCGCCAUGUUGCCCAACAAGCCUAAUUCGCAUGACGCCGCUGUCCCAAAUCACAGCAGCGAACAAUAUAGCGGUGUGCUUCCUCGAGAGCCACGCAAACAUAAGGACAACGAUGAGAGUAAGGAUUCGCAGGAGCCGGAGAAAGCCAGGCCGAAAGCCGUAAUGUUGAAACCAGCCGACGCCGUGCACAAGGUUCAGGGUGAAGAGAGCAAGAUGUGA